AGGGGUGUAUUCAAUGUCUUAAAACCUCUCGGUCUGUAGGUGGGAGGGGCCUUUUGUGCCGGUCCUGGAGCUUUUGGAACUGAAGCAGCCCGAGCUAUAAAACCAGGAAUCACAGGCUGGAGCUGAGCUAUUUCAUCGGUCUUGAUUCUUUGAUUGCCUCAAUUAGUGGAUAAAGUACGAGAAGACAGCAGACAUUACGAUGAAGCUGCUCUUCGUUCUGUUGGUGGUGCCAAUGGUGUUGGCUGGGGACUUCCACCGCAUGUGGGAUGAGGUAGAGAAGGAGAUCAAAGAGAAAGGAUGGGGUAAAGACCUCGGAUUUGGUGAGGACGAUGAUUCCUCCGAGAAAGGAAACAACGGAAAAGGUUGGGGAGAGAAGCAAGGCUCCAAAGGAUGGGGAGAUAAGGAAGAAUCCAAAGGAUGGGGAGAUAAGGAAGAAUCCAAAGGAUGGGGAGGUAAAGAAGAAUCCAAAGGUUGGGGAGAUAAGGAAGAAUCCAAAGGAUGGGGAGAUAAGAAAGACUCCAAAGGAUGGGGAGAUAAGAAAGACUCCAAAGGAUGGGGAGAUAAGAAAGACUCCAAAGGAUGGGGAGACAGCAAGGCUGUAGGAUGGGGAGACCGUGAAGAAUCCAAUGGAUGGGGGGACAAGCAAGAAUCCAACGGUUGGGGAGAUAAAGAGGAAUCCAACGGAUGGGGAGACAAGAAGCGGGGCUCAGGAAGACGAUCAAGUGGUGGGCGUGGCAAGAGGUGGCAGCAGGAUGACGACAACGAGGACCAAUCCCCAAGCACUGGUCAAGAUGACACAACAGACGAGCCAGCAGACAACAAUGAUGGCUCCAUGGACACAACCCCAUCACCACCACGCCAAAACUCAACCAAGGGCGGAUCUCAAGGUCAGACUUCUCAAGACGACAGCCAAGAUGACAACGGAAACACCGGAAGUGGAAGAAGAGGCGGCUCCAGGAGAGGUGGCCGAGGUUCCAGAGAUUCCGAGGAAGAUGAUUCUGAUGACGACAGGAGAGGCAGACGAGGCGGCAGACGGUCCCGAGGCUCUGAUGAUGACGAGUCUGGCGACGACGACAGAAGACACCCACGCAGGGGAGGCAAAUCUGGCGACAAACGCUGGGGUGACGACAAGCCCAUGGGCUGGGGAAAGAGGGGUCAAGGCCGAGGUGGCAAGCGCGAUGAUGACAAGGACCAGACCGACGAUGCCCCAACCGACGAUGCCCAGAACGAAGAUGAUCAGACCGACGAUGGCCAGACCGGCGAUGACCAAAAUGACCAGCCCGACCAGUCUCAAGAUGAUGAAGUCUCCGACAGGAGAGGUUCAAGACACAGGUCAAGGGACGACAGUGAGGAGAGGGACGACGAUGAUGAUAAGAAGAGGAGGAUGUUCUCACAGUUCAAGGAGUGGCUCAAGAGACAGGACAGGAGGGACAGGGACGAGGAUGAGGAAUAUGAGGACUACGUUCGUGGACACGUCCUGCAGUUUAAGGAGUUUGUCAGGAUGAAGGAAAUUAAAGAGCGCGAAGAGCGUGAAGCCAAGGACGCCAUCAGACGGGAGAUGGAGCGUGUCCAGAUCAAGAAGAUGCUGACCCAGAAGCUCCAGAAUCUGACCGAGGAAUACGAGGAGCAGAAACUCAGCUUCACCCACUCAAUCAUCGAGCACCUGCUGGACGACUGCCCAUGUUCCAGGUCCAAGAAACUCCUGCAAAAGAUCGCUGAUGGCAAAUUCGCUAACGGCGAUGCCGCUGAUGAUGACGACGAUGAAGGAGACAUGGUUGAUGGUGCAAGAAACGACACCACCGACGAGGACUCCUACGGCUACGACAACAACGACACCUCAGUGACAAACUACGACAACAGCACCGACAGCGAGAUGGAUGAUAUGGACACUUUCAGCCCAGAAGACAUGAAGAGAAAAGCUGAAGAGUUCUCCGCCCUGGACCAACACGACCAGCUGAAGAGCGCCCUGGAGGACCUUGUGACCAUCAUGUGCCGGGCGGCCAAACAGUACACGGACAUGAUGGCUGACCUCGAGCAGAGCGUCAACGAGUACAGGAGGAACGGCAACCACUGGUAGAGACUGGAUCACAUUUCGGUUUCACGUAGGUGAUCAAUUGUCAAGUUUCACGUCUCAUGUCAAGUCGACCACUGAAAAAAGUAUCGCUUGACGAUUUUCAUCCACAUUUAAAAAUUUUCUCUAAAAUAUUUUUUAUUGUGAUAUUUCUUGUUUCAAAUAUCUCUAUUUCGAUAAAUAAAAGAUUUUAAAUAUAUUUUUUUAAACAAAUGUACUUUAUAACUUUAAAAAUUAGAUCUCAAUAAACGUAAAAUACGAAGAAUAAAAAUAUAUUUUGUGUACCUUGUAUUGUGUAUUAUAGAUUUACAUUUCAUUAAAAUCUGGUGUCUAAUGAUUUCACAUCUCGUCUAAUGUAAAAACCAGCUAACAUAGCUAGUGCUGUCACGUGAUACACCGGUCUUUGCUCACUCAAUGUUCAUAUUGUUUCACUUGUUACUUUUGUAUUAAUUAAUUAAUUAAUUAUUAAACUUAUUGAUAUUGGAAAUCAAAAGAUUUAAUAAACCACUUAACAUUUCUAUAA